AUGGCGGCCUUGCACUUGGUAGGCCUCAUUCUGGGGAUGCGAUUCAGUUUAUGGGUAUGGCGAUUCCACAAAAAAAAUUCGCACCAACCUUGCCCGAAGUGUUAUUACCUCGACAACCUUUCCUUGCUUGGCACGGUCAACGUUGUCUUGCUUGUUACACCUCUAAGGGCGAGCAGCUACAUUUAUGUAAGAGUAGCUGCCACCAUCCCCUUCGGCCAGCGUCUUUGUGAUCGCUAG